AUGGGAUGUACAAGUUCAAAAAAAUCAAAAAUAUACAUAGGACUUACAACAGAACAAAUAGCUUUACUUAAAGAAAAAACUAAAUUUACUGAAAAAGAAAUUCGAGAGUGGCAUUCUGGUUUUUUAAAAGAUUGCCCAAAUGGUAAACUUCAUAAAAGUCAAUUGAUCAGUGUUUAUAAACAGUUUUAUCCACAAGGCAAUGUUAAACCUUUUUGCAAAUAUGUAUUUGCUGCGGUUGAUAUUAAUAAUGAUGGUAAAAUUGAUUUUGUUGAAUAUCUUUUACAAAUUGCUGCAUUGACACAACGUGAUCUUAACAAACGACUUGCAGCUGCAUUUGAUAUAUAUGAUAUUUCGAGAGAUGGUGAAAUCGAUCAUAAAGAACUAAGUACUUUGAUAUCAGCUCUAUAUGAUCUUGUUGGUGAACACGAUCGUAAAGGCAAUCGUGCUCCAAAGAAACGUGCUACUGAUAUUAUUGCCAAACUUGAUAUGAGUGGUGAUAAGAAAUUGAACAAACAAGAAUUUAUUGCUGGAUGUCAAAAUGAUUCAGUACUGCGUCGGAUACUUGCACCCACUGUUUGA